CACAAUGGAGUUUCCGAGACAGGCAAGAACCAGUAGUUCCAACACCCAUUUCUGCACGCAGUUGGCUAACAACAUUUUGCUGAAAACAGCAGCUGAAAAUGGAUCAAACGCGGUGGUCUCACCGUUUUCAUUCCAUCUCAUACUGAGUUUGAUCGCCGUCGGAUCGAAGGGCCGUACUUUGGAGCAGCUGUUUCAGUGUUUAGGAUCGAAAAGCCUCGAGGAGGUCAAUUCAUUAGCUUCACAAAUGAUUGAUCUUGCAUCACCGACCGAUGAGAAAAACGGGUCUUCCGCCGCCGCUGGUGAUCCGGACUUGUCGUUUGUAAAUGCAGCUUGGGUUGCUGAAAACCUGAAACUGAAACCUUCUUUCCAUGAGAUCGUGGAAGGUCUUUACCACGCCGUCGCCAAAGAAGUUGACUUUGCCAAUAAGGCUGAAGAGGUAGUAGCAGAAGUAAAUGCCUGGGCUGAGACCUCAACAAGAGGGCUCAUCAAAAACCUUCUCACAACCGAGGCCUUGAAGUCUUUAAACGAACGCACAGCUUUGAUUCUAGCAAAUGCCCUCUACUUCAAAGGCACAUGGGCUCGAUUCUUUGAUUCAUCAAGAACUAAAACAAGGGCAUUUCACCUUUCCAAUGGUCAUACAGUUCAUGUUCCUUUCAUGACCAACCUUGGAUUCGAGCGUUAUCAUUACAGAUCAUUCGAUGGGUUCAAAAUCCUCAAACUCCCCUACAAAAGUACCCGUCCCACUCGAAAAUUCGCCAUGUAUUUCUUCCUACCGGACGCGAGAGACGGCUUGAAGAGCUUGCUCGAGAUGUUCAAGGCCAACCCCGAAUACUUCGACGGACGAUUCGAUCUCGUCGAAGGAAAGGUUUCAGAUUUCUGGAUCCCAAGGUUCAGAUUCGAGUUCGAGUUCGAGGCGUCGGAGGCGAUGAUCGAGAUGGGACUAGACCUACCUUUCGAUAGAAUGAAGGCAGAGCUUACUGAAAUGGUACUAUACGCGAAUGGACUUCUAUUUGUGAAGAAGGUUUUCCACAAGUGUUUUAUUGAAGUGAAUGAAGAGGGAACUGAGGCUGCAGCUUGUACUGCUGUUAUAAUCGAACAGCAGUCGCAGAGCUGUCCGAUUGCAAGCUUUGUAGCGGAUCAUCCUUUCAUGUUCAUGAUCAAGGAAGAGAUCUCUGGGGUUGUGUUCUUUGUUGGAUCGGUGCUCAAUCCUUUGUUGAACUAAAAGCAAUGCAAUCAUUACAUAUGGUGUAAUGAAAAUAUAUAUUUUGGAUUAAAUA